AUGGCACUAACAAAUGUGUUGUUGUUGAGUCAGAUAGCAGGCUAUAUAGUCGGUUUAAUUCUUUCUCUCUGUAUAAUUGUGCCCAUGAGUAUGCACCAAGAUGAAUUUAAUGGUCAUUGCCUCUUAUUCUCAAAAGGAGAAUGGCAGGAAGUAGAUGGUCAGUUGCUGGUGUCAUGGGCGUCAAGAGCAUACUGUGACUAUGUCAUUGUGGUUGGUGUGCUUAUGUUCCUGGUGUGCCUCGUACAGAUAUACAGAAUGUCCUUGUUCUUAUAUCGGGGUCAAGAUAGCUCUUUCUUGUCUGCGUUCGUGGAGGCGGUGGGUUGCGUUGCGUUGUGCGCGUUCGUCGUGACCGCAGCCGUGGUCGUCACGCUCGGCUUUAUGACCUGGUGCACCAACAUCGUCCAGAGAUUUCCCAGUUGUGAAGAUGCAGCCGGACAAGACAUAGACAAAGUAGAUAAAAUAUCAACAAACGGUUUCUACAUGGAAAUUGGCAUGGCACAAUUCGGCGCGUGGGGGCUGUUCGCGACGUGCGUGGGUCUGGCGGUGUUCUCGACACUGAAGGUGUGUCGGUACCACCAGCUGCAGAACAUCCAGGUGUCCAUGUACCGCGAGCGGCAGCGCCUCGUGCACGAGGGCGACGCGCCCGCGCAACCGGAGUAAUCACU